UGCCCUUUUACUUUCGGGCGCCGGCACUUGGCCGCAGGCUGCUGCCGCUGCCGGCCGGGCCCCCCCCUCGCCCCCUCCGCCAUGGGCACCCCGCACUUCUAAGGCGCCGCCCCGGGGGGGGGGCAGCGGGAAUUCAUUAAAAAUCGCUAUUUACGUGGUUAUUCAUUGCCCCGCUCCGGGUAUGUGAACAACCACCCCCCUGCCCCCCCCGCCUCCCCUUCCAUCCACCCCCAGCGCCAUGCCGGCAGCCUGCACCCUGCUGCUGCUGCUGGGCUUGGGGCUGGUCCCGGUCCCACCAGCCGGGUCGCUGCCCCUCGCUUCCCCACGGCGUCUUCCUCCUCCUCCUCCUCCGUCCCGAAACCGUCUCGGCCGCCCUUACUCGCCUCCCGCCGCGGGACAAGCCGACAGCCCGGUCAUUGAAAGCAGCUAUCAGGAGGGAAGAAGUUCAAGCACAGGGAUAAGGACUCCUGGUGCUCCGGUGGACAGUGUGGAGCUGGUGACGAUGCUGGCUGGGAGCAGGGAGUGGGCAUCACUUCCUGCCAAGCACGGAGCGGUGCCAGCGGGGAGCAAGGUCAUGGGGCACAUUGGUCCUCUGGCUGGCAAUGGGGAUGUCACCCCACCGGGAGCAGGACCCCCAGACAACCCAUCUGCUGGGACAGCAACCCACCUGCCCACCCACAGCCAUCCUCCUGAUGCUGGAAGCCAUCACCAUGCUGUAGGUAGCCAGGAGAGAGGCAAGAGGGCUCUGGCUUUUCCCAACAGCCCUGCAGCUACUGAAAGGACACCACCAGGCUUGAAAACCGUCAGCGCUGAUUCAGCUGAGGGGACACAGGGUGGGCACCUUGGGGUCUGGAACAUGUUGGGGUUUAACAACACGAUGAGGACAGUGCUGCUACCUUCAUCUUCAGAAUCUCAUCACCCAGGCACUGACAGCCCCUCUCGACUGGCGAGCAGCUGGGUGGGCACAGAACUGUCCAGCAGCUCCCCCGUGGACACUGCAGCCACUUCACCCAGCCCCUCUGGGAGCAGUGGGGGAACCAGCCUCGGCACUGCCUUCCGUGGCUCCCUGAGACAGCCCCAAUCGUCCCCCCAAGCUUCAAGUACCCAGACUGGUGCAGACCAGGUCAUGCUACACCUCAGGGGUGUCACAGGGAACUCCACAAGCCCUUUGCUCACAGCAUCGCCUGCCACUGACAGCGCUUUCAGAGCUGUUGGGAGCAGCACCAGGGCUGCAGAAAAGAAGAGAUCUGGUAUCCAAAGGACAGCACCUGGCUUCACAGCUCAGCCCCUGGCCUCUGUGCCCUCCUCAGUGGCCCUGGCACAGGGACGUUUCCCUGGGCCUUCCACGGAGCACCAACUUGUCCCUUCUCUCCCAGCUUUGGAAAGCACUGCCACAGCCAUUGGAAGCAGCUACCAGCCAUCCAGCAACUCAGCCACGGAGAGGAGAGCUUCGGAUUUCCCUGCCACCAGUACCUCCAUUUCCACAACAGCCACCAAGGGUGGAGGGAGGACGUUAAGGUCUCUGCCAGCCAGCACUGGGCUGGUCAGUGUGGCAGAGAUUUCCACCUCUGGCACUGAAAUCAUCAGCUCUUCAGCCCAGACCCCUGGGAUGUCUAUGGGUGCCCAGGACGGUGAUGGCAGAGGUGUCACAGACCCCUUGCUCACAGGCUUGCCACCUGCUUCACAAAACACUUCCACAACCUUUAGCAGCAGUUACAAACCCAAGAGUGUCCCAGCUGCAGAAGAGGCGACGCUGCACUCAGGCACACAGGGUGCUGACAUGCCCAGUGUGGCAGUGGGGACUGCAAAUGGCCACAUAGCUGGGCUGACAAGAGGCUCUGCCACCAGCACCGGCCCCACAAGCUCUUUGGGGGUGACCUCCUCCUCCUUAGGGACUGGGACACAUCGUCCCAACAGCUCACGGGAAGCUACUGAUCUCCCAGCCCCUCCCAGGGAUCCUUUGCUCACAAGCUCUGAAAGUACAUCCAGAGGUGUCAGAAGCAGCCAACGACCAGUUAACAGCUCAAUGGCAGAGAAAAACCCCCUCCUUUCCUCACCCACCAGCGAUUCCAUUUCAGCCAUGGGGAGCAGCAGGGGUGGGAGGACCCCGAGGUCUGCCACGGGCAGCAGCCGGUGGGCAGCAGAAGUCUCCACGUCCAGCAGUGGCACAUACAGGGCCUUGGGCACAAUCCGAUCCUUGUCCACAUCUCCUGUGAGAGAGACCUACAGAGUUCAUGGGUCCAUACAAAUGACGGAUUUCACCAAGCGGGUGGUAGACUCUUCCCUAACACACUCUCACUCUCCUUCGGAAGACCCUUCCCCAGUUCCUGGAAGCAGCCAUGUGUCAUUCAGCAUCCUGUCAACAGAGAGAACCAAUUUCCCCACCACUGGCACCUCCAUUUCCGUAACAGGCACCAAGAGUGGAGGGAGGAUGUUAAGGUCUCUGCCAGCCAGCACCAGGCUGGCCCAAACGACAGAGAUGUCCACCACUGGUACCGAAAACAUCAGCUCUCCAGGCCAUUCCCAGUCUUCUUUGGGAACCCCGGGUGGUGGAGACAGAGGUGCCACCGUGACAUCCAUGAAUCCAUUGCUCACAGGCUCACCAUCUGCUUCGGAAAGCGCUUCCCCAGCAGAAGGGACCUCAGCAACGGGAGGACACCUGCCUCUCACCAGUACACCCAGUGCAGGGAUAAUCACCGCUGAUCAGGAGAGGAGUGCUGUGCCCGUGUUGGAUACCCAUGGAUCAUCCAGUGCAGCAGGGAGUUCUCCUCCCACUCCACCCCGCACCAGCACCUUGGACGUGGUCCUUCUGCUGUCCUCAGCAGCAGAAGAGCCUGGGAAGCAGAGUGACGUUUCACAGGGUGAUGCUGGACUCAGUGAGCUUCCAACAAAGCUGCUGCCUGCAUUUUCUCCCAGCAUCUCAGUGCCUUCUCCUUCACCAAGUGCUUCAGGGAGAGGCAGAAGAGUUUCUGGUGUUCCUACUGAGACCACGUACAUCUCGACCACACUCUCCAGCCACAGGGAGGGGACAUCUCAAGCUGCAGCUAGCCACAGCAUGUGGAGCACAGAGGCAGAAAGCCUCACACCUCACCUGGACACAGCUGGGAGGACCCGCAUCGGCCCCCUCCCAUCCUCCACAGCUUGGCCUGGGGUGAGACACAUGCCAUCUGGCCAAGCAGGGUAUCCAGAGCCCAAGGUCACCAUCUCAUCCAGGGUCUUCACCUACUUCUCAGCUGCUGGUGAACCUUCCACCAUUAGCAGCAGCCAUCACUCCCUAAGCAACUCAAGAGCUGAGGAAAGGGCGUCCAGCCCCGUCACUGAUCCUGCGUACAGUUCAUCCACAUCUGCUGGUGGUGAAGAGAGGAUACUGCACUCAGCAAUGGAUGGCACUUUGGCUGGUGGCAUGGAGAGAUCUUCUUCCUAUGCCAAAGCUGCCAGCUCUCCAGGACCAGCUAAGCCAACAUCAGUGGAACACGGUGGGACAGCCAACACCUCUACCAACAGUAGGGGCUUCACAGACCUUGCAACAGAGACUGUCUUUGUACGUUCUUCCAAGAUACCCACUUACUCUUCUUUCCAAAAUGAUCUCACAAACUUUUCAGGUAGCCAUCAGCCAGUCAGUAGCAUUGAUGCCACUGAGAGAAGGACCUCUGUUUCUCAUACGGAUGGCACAUACAUUUCAACCACAUAUACCAGAGGAGGAGAAAGGACCCUCCUGUCUAUCUCCAAUAACAGCACCUCUGCUGACUCCUCAGAAAGUUCCACCUUUUUUUCUGAAAUUUCCAGCCCUUCUGAUGCAUCAAAAUCUUCUGUGUCUCAGGACAGGUGGACCAAUGCAUCGAGUGAUAGCAGUUUUGUUGAACCCUCUACAGAGCCACUACUGGUACACUCUUCCAAACUGUCGACUUCUGCUUCUACAGGCAGCAUAGAAAAUACAACUGUCUUCAACACUGACUCUGAUUUGUUGGUCACUAACAGAUCAUCUCUAUCUUCAUCAGCAUUUCCAGUGUCUUCCUCACUGUCAUCGCUGCAUCACUCGCUGUCACCAACACCACCACCAAGUCAUCUGUUCACACCGUCAGAAUCACCUGAGCCACACUUGUCCUCUGUGAUGGCAUCUUCACCCCCUCUGCAGGCUUUGUCAUCCUCCUUGCCCACUUCCUCAUUGCUCUCCCCAUCUUAUUCAUUAGCAUCUUUAUUGCCUCUGUUUUCAUCACCCUCACCCAUCUCACAGUCCAAUGACAAUGAUCAAGCAAGCAUCACUGUAGCUACAACGGUGGUCAGGCAGGUGCCCUCCACAGCUGCCACGGCUGGGAGCUCACCCAGAGAGACCAACAAGCACAGUGUCACACACCAGCCCCAAAACAGUACCACCUUCAACUCCACCGCGUCUCCUCUCCCUACGGCACCUAUGGAGCUGCUUGGUAGACACACUGUGUCUGUGUCCACUCCUGUCACAGUAACAGAGACUGCCUUGCCUAGAGCUGCCACCACCCAGGAGGGCAGCUCUGAGAAGGCAACACCACUGCUCACCACAGCCAGUCUUGCUCCACAGGCUGGUCCAACAGCCCUUAGUCCCUCACCAAGUGCAACAAACUACAGCAACGUUGUCCCCGCAGUGGCACUGACCACGGUCAAACCUCCUGUGCUGACAACACCAGUCAGUCGCCGGCCAACCCCAGGUGAAGCUACCACCACGAAGGACCACAGAGCUCAAACACCCACUGCCACUAAGCACAUGUAUACCACUGGUGAAAGCACAGAAGCUGUGGAUCCCACCACUGCAAAGCCUGGUAAAGUCACCGAGGAAAACAUCCCUGUUACAAGUCCUUCUGAAGCCACUCCAACCAUCAAGACCACUGUGAGAAUUGCAACUACUUUGGCUGCUACCAAACCAACCACUGUUCCUCCAUCCAGUAGCACGGUGGGGCUGAGGACAUCAUCUCCAGCAACAGAUGUGGAUAAAUGUCUUUCCAAUCCUUGUCCUGCACUGGCCACCUGCAACAACACCCAUGGCUCCUAUAUCUGUCAGUGUCCUCUUGGAUAUGAAAUGGAAAAAGGAAAGUGCAAUUUAGUGAGAAUAUUUAUUGGCCAGGUCCCCCUGAAACCUAAUAUCACCCAUGGGAAGUAUGCAGAGCUCUUCCACGUUGAGAGCGAGAUCCUGGCCGUGCUCAAUGCAUCGCUGUCAGGCUUGCCGGGGUACCACCACUCCACUGUUAAGGCAAGCAGGGAGGCAAAUAUUGUGCAUGUUUCAGUGCAAUCCACGUUCUCUUUAGCAUCCAACGUGACUUUCUACGAUGUUAUCAGCAGUGUGAAAAGCUACAUUCGAGCUUGCAAAUCCCCCACUGAAGCCUGCCAAUUCAUCUCCAACCUGAAACCACUCCACAGAGUUGGCAGCUUGUGUGGACAGAAAGACCCUGAGUGUGACAAGGAAACUUCGGAAUGCACUGACUUCGACGGAGUUGCACUCUGCCGGUGCAAAAGUGGGUACUUCAAAUACAACAAGAUGGACCACUCCUGCAGAGCCUGUGAAGAUGGAUAUAAGCUGGAAAAUGAGACCUGUGUGAGCUGCCCAUUUGGCUUAGGUGGAUUCAACUGUGGAAACCCGUAUCAGCUCAUCACUGUGGUGAUUGCGGCUGCAGGAGGGGGACUUCUGCUUAUCAUGGGCAUAGCACUGAUCGUCACCUGCUGCCGGAAGAAUAAAAAUGACAUAAGUAAACUGAUUUUCAAGAGUGGGGAUUUCCAGAUGUCACCUUAUGCUGAAUAUCCGAAGAAUCCCCGGGCACAGGAGUGGGGCAGAGAGACCAUCGAGAUGCAGGAGAAUGGAAGCACCAAGAACCUGUUGCAGAUGACAGAUGUGUAUUAUUCGCCACCUGGACUGAGAAAUCCUGAACUGGAAAGAAACGGACUUUAUCCUCCCUACACUGGUUUGCCUGGAUCUCGACAUUCAUGCAUCUACCCUGGACAAUACAAUCCAUCCUUCAUUAGUGAUGAAACCAGAAGAAGAGACUAUUUUUAGCAGAGAGCAGAGAGGGAGUGGCAGAUGGACACAGUUUUGUGGCCCUUGGUCCCCAGGUGCAAUCUGUCUCCUGGGUAAUUCAGGCCACAUCAAUCUUACUCUUCCCAUUUAACAGGAAGGACUUUGAACUCCUUGCCGAGCAUUGCUGCCCUGAGGUAUUGUUACACUUGCUGAGCAGCAGAGGGAAGGAGGAGGAAGAGGAGGGAAUGGCUCAAGGUGCACAUCCCUAAAAGACCCAGAUGGAAACUAACACGUACUCCAUAUUCAUCCUAUGCUGCAUCUUCACUCUUUAAGCUACACGGCAAGCAUGGAUCAGUACGGGCAGAUGAACUGUGCCCAGCACUCUGCAUUGAAUACCACUAGGGAGUGUUUUGUUUACAGAUCUUGUUCACUGUUGACUGUGCUUGUCUUCUUAGCCAGCCUUCAUGCAAAGAUUCACUGUGCAACUGUGUUUGGUAGGUCAAGUUUGUCCACUCCCUUUUACAUUGCUGCAUUGCUAUUUGCUUUGUGCACAACAGGGAAGCUGGCUCAACUUUUGGCCCUCACCUUUUUACUGGUAGAAGUUCUCCAGGUGGCUGGGUCCUUGCUGAAGCCCAGUGUCUGGCAAUAUUGGCUGAAUUCAUGGGUUGAUUGUCUCCAAGGAGUGUGGGAAGGUUAGUCAUACCACUGCAAUUUUGACUGAAAAAAGACAUUUGUUCCUAUGUGCUGCUUUGAAAAUCUUCUAUAUAUAGGGAAGAGUCCAAGUAUAUUGUUGUUUUGUCAACCAGUGUUGUUCAGAAUUGAUGCCACUGCACAUUGUCAUGGCACUUCCAUAUAGGAUCCUUUGGGGUUCUGUAUCCCUGCAGGGAUUUAAAUGCCUGUAGAAACAGCAAUGUAAUAUUGAAUAAUUGCUCACAGGGAAGAAAAAGAUGAGCUGUGCAUUCAGCAUGCUCUUUAGGAGGAAUCUGUGAAAGAGCAGUAAUGCUGCAGCCUUGGCAGGCAGAUGAACCUGAAUUCUGGGCAAUGAAGAUGAAACAUUGCAUUUUAUGAUCUCCACAGUCCACCUUGCCUUCUGUAGGAGCUGUGGAGGCUUUCAGGACAUUGGAAAAUAAGGCUCACUGCAGGCAGUUGCAUUUAACAGAGAAAAAACAUGAUGCUUGCACUCCUAGUGUAGCUAAGAUCACUUAUGUUGAAGUGUUUUUCUUUCUUACAUCCUAGUUUCGAGUGACUCAGACCAGGCAGGUUUACUCACCCAGGUAUGUUGUCAUAUUAGCAAAAGCCUGAACAGGCAUCAGACUGAAAGCUCAUGGAGUGUAUUCUGACCUGAACUGUGUACUUAAAGAGAUCUUACUAAUUAUAGAACCUUAGAAUAGUUUGGGUUGGAAGGGACCAGGUUGCUCAAAACCCCAUCCAGGCUGGCCUCAAACACUUGCAGGGAUGGGGUAACUUCUCUGGGCAACCUGUUCCAGUGUCUCGCCACUCCCAUAGUGAAGAAUUUCUUCCUUAUGUUUAAUGUAAAUCUGCCUUCUUCAAUUUAAAAUCAUUCCCCCUUGUUCUAUCACUACAUAUUCCUGUGAAAAGUCCCUCUGACUUUCCUAUAGGCCUCCUUUAGGUACUGGAAGGCUACUCUGGAAGCUUUCUCUUUCUCUCUCCAGAGCUUUCUCUUAUCCAGACUGAACAGCCCCAACUCUCUCAGACUGUCUUCAUAGGAGAGGGGCUUCAGCCCUCUGAGCAUCUUCAUGGCCUUCUUUGGACUCACUCCUUCUUAUGUUUCAGCUCCUCAGAGCUGAAAGGAGCACUCCAGGUGGGGUCUCACAAGAGCAGAGGGAGAGAAUCACCUCCCUUGACCUGCUGCCCACACUGCUUUUGUUCCAGCCCAGGACACAACUUUUGGGCUGUGAGCACACAUUGCUGGGUCACACUGAGUUUCUCAUCAACCAACACCCCAAGCCCUUCUCCUCAGGGCUGCUUUCAGUCCAUUCUCUGUAUCUGUGCUUGGGAUUGCCCCGACCCACAUGCAGGAAAUAUAAUGAAGUGUAUUUACCGUUUAUCUUUACUGCACUGUUAAUCUCAGUGAUCCAAAUUCCUGUCCAGAUACAGGGUCCAGAUGCGGAUCCUUCUCUUGAAUGUGACUAUGCUUUUAAUUCAAAGUGGCUGCUUGUAUGAGGAUAACAAAUUGCACAAUUCCUUAGCCAUUAACCCACUAUCUCUGUAGUGUGUACAUAAGCUGAUAUUCCCUUCUCCCCUACCAUGCUUUAAAAGACACAGUGCCUACAAUUAAGUUUGUGAGGUAGCUCAGCUCAUUGAAGCACUAAGGAUCACAGGAUGUGUCCCCCAAAGUGCCUAACCUCAAGUAAGAGCAGCAGUUCAGAUGCUCAUGUGUUGUGUGGUCACUCACUGGAGGCAAACCUGGGGUGAUGAGGAGCCCUCUGUCAGGGAGCAGGUACGUGCAUCCUACAGAUGGUGUGAGUUCCCAGAUCCUUUCCCAGCACUUCAAAGGCUGUUGUGUUCCCUAUCAAAAGUGAGUACCAGGUACCCAGAGGAAGGGGAGAUAGCACCAGGCAGUUAUUAGCUGUGUUGGCUGAGAGGUUUCUGGUCCCUGCUCAAGUUGCUUUUGUUUUCUCAAAACUGCAAGACAGGAAAGGCACCUCAAGUGUGCUUGAGAAGACACAGUUUGGUGCACCAGCCAUAGCACACAAAUGCAGUCUUUAAAUGCCUUUUAUCUACUAUGUAGAAACAGCAGUGUGGGCUUUCAGAAAAGCAGAGCUGCCUAGGGCAGUAUCCUUUGCACUUACAUGAACUUAUGGUGACAAUGCAUGCAACUUCAAGCCUGUCUGAUCCGUAAUCAGCCUUGCAGCUGGUAGUACACAGCUUAUCUGAGAUGUAGGAAGGAAAGGAAUGGAUGCUUAUGGGAAGUAUUGCUGCCUAGGGAGCUAUAUUUGAGGAAAUCUUUAAUUACAGUAUCAAAAAUGAUGUAACAGGUAAAGCACAGGAACUAGCUGUUCCCUGCCACAUUUAUUAGUGUUUCCAGUCCGUGAAUUAUGUUCUUCUCCCUUUCUUUAGCAGCUGAUCUCUUAAUUGCACAGGAUCCAUUGGCUGAUGAGAACUAAGGACUUGACUCUGCUGUGCUGUGGGAUCCUUCAAAGAGGAGGUUGGCAGGGUCAUUUCUGUGUGGGUGAGUUGCCUCUGUUUUUGAGAGUGCCCAGGACAGAAAGGACUGCCUUUCCCAUGGUAUGGAGGACGGUUUUGUCUCUGUUACAAAAGAAAAGGGGAAGCUGGGAAUCAUGCUAAAUCUAAAUCCAAAGCAUAUAGACGAGCACUGGACUUUGCCCCUAUUUACUAAAGCAGCUUGUCAAAAAGGAAGUGUGUCCCAGCAAUGAUGGGAAUCCUGUGAUUUGACCACAUGUCAGCAAUUCCUCAGAUUGGGAAGCAGUUAGACAUAGAGACCAGCCGGGGGGGGUUGGUCUCUUCUCUCAGGCACUCAGCAAUAGGACAAGGGGGCAUGGGCUUAAGCUCUGCCAGGGGAAAUUUAAGUUGGAUAUCAGGAGAAAAUUCUUUACAGAGAGAGUAAUCAGGCAUUGGAAUGGGCUGCCCAGAGAGGUGGUGGAUUCACCGUCCCUGGAGAUUUUUAAACGCAGAUUGGACGUGGCACUGAGUGCCAUGAUCUAGUAAAUGGACUGGAUUUGGACCAAGGGUUGGACUCGAUGAUCUCGGAGGUCUUUUCCAACCCAAUCAAUUCUAUGAUUCUAUGAUUCUAUAUGCUAAGAGGAAAGGAUAUUUAAUUGCUUGGUUAGUUCAAAGACUGGGUGAUGCACUCAUGUGUGUCAAGUUCAAAGUAGGAAAUACCAAUUUACAGUUGCAGGUCAGUCCUUCUAUGCAAAGAGAAUUGUUAUUGCACUGAAAUUUUCUCUCUGCCAAAGAAGGUAAACAUUGGGGCAUUUCUUAUGAGGAGUUAUCCAUUCAGCCUGACCUUCUGUUUAGCUUUGUUAAGAAAGGAAUCACAGAGCCAAUGCGUAGUCCACAGGAGGAGGGAAAGGGUCUCUCCUGAUCUGCCACACCUUCUCUGGGUGUCCUAUGAGGUCCUGCUCAGCAGGCAAGAGAGGGUUUAGGCAGGAGGAGCCAGCACCCAGAUGAGUGCAGGUGCUUUCCCACAAAGUGAUCCAGGAAGUUUUUGUGAAGGUGACAGAUGCAGCCUGGGGUGAUUCAGCCUCUGGGUCUCUACCAGCUCAGCUGCAACCUGUGCUGUGGUGCUUCUGUCUUCAGCCAAGUGCCACCCACUCCCAGCUCUGCUGGGUCAGAAGGAGUGAGUGCAGGGCCCUGUGUUUUGUCACAGUUUAUGGUGGUUAUUUUACUGCAGUUGUUUACUGCCACACCCCAGCAUGGACUCGCCCGGCCACAGCAGGGAUGUGGCCUGUUUCAGUGCAACUUGCCCCUGUGUAAAGCUGCCAUUGGGAUCCUCUCUGCCUGUCUGCCUGUCUGCCUCUGGCAGUGGAGUAGGAUUUGUUGCUCCUGUUGGGUAUAAGAAGGGUGUCUAUGUGUCAUCAAGCCACUUUCAAAUGUGGGUCCUUCUCUAUUCACUACCUAACUCCCCAUAGGAUGUCUAAAUAAAUGCAGCUCAUUUCUCAGACUAUUUAGAUUACUGGCUACCCCAAAUUACAAAUUUUGAGCACACUGGGUGGUUUUGCCAAGGGGAAUUGCUCUCCACUAUCCAAAAGGAUAAGAGCGAAGUGGCAUGUUUUUUGUAAGGAGGAUGCAAGUGGUUCAGCCAGAUGAGGGGGAAGGAAGAAAAACUACACCAGCACUGCACAUAAAUCUGCUAUUGCUCCUGUCUGCUGUGGAAAGCUAGGGGAGCAGUCAGUAAGGGCACAUGGGCAGUUGUGGGGGUGUAUUUUUAAUUAAUUUUGGAAAAAAUGCUAAUUCUGUUGCUUGACAGGAAAAGUUGUGACAGGCAUGUAUUUGCUGCUAUGGUGCUCUGCCAGUUGUACUGAAAAAAACCCCUCACCCAUAGAAAUACCCCUGGCAGUCAGCAUAGGAGAGGCAGUUGCAGUGAACAGAUCAGCAAAAUGCUUAUUUGAGGGAUCAUUUAAAAGGCAGUUCUAACACACAGCCUUCCUGUGUCCUUGCCAUGCACUGCUGCUUUUCCCUGGCCAGCCCUCCAAGCUGCACUGGGAAAAUCAGGGUUUCUUUUCAUGCUGUUGAAACUUCACAGCACUGAAUUGGGCUAUCUGUGAUAAAAACAGGACACGUUGAUGCCCUUUUACCUCCACAUUUAAAGCAUUAGGUUACACAGCAGCAAUGAAUCUCACUGCUAUUACAGCACUUCUUGUAAGUCCUACUGUCACAGUCACAAACUGAGUCAGCUCUCGUGAAUCAGUAUCUGCCUCCAAACUGAGUGAUAGUAAAAGGAUUUUUAAAAUAGCAAUAAAUUACCGUUAGAGAGAGGUGUUUUGUCAUUGUGAAAUUAUUUGUGCCAAUACUUGUAAAGGUUAUUUGCUGGGACCUGAGUGAGCCCUAGAGUGAGUUUGGACAUUGCUGCAGAUACACCAAGUGCUGAGACUUGUCUCUGAUGCUGGUCAAUGGCCCUAUCCAUUCCACGUCCAGCUGAACUUUUCAUUCCCCCCAUAGUAAUCUUUAAUCUUCAGUUUUCAUCCUUAAAUUAACAAGAACAGAUGCAUUUUAGUUAAAUGCUCUUCCUAUGCCUAAUGUUUCUUCUUCUUUACACACAAAGGAUAUAAUCCAGCAUCCAUGAUAAUGACUGGGGUAACUCUCCCAUGGACUGUAUUGAAGUUUUUUUUUAGGCCUGAAUUAUUCCACCAUCAGAGUCACUUGGGUGCCUAUUUUUGUAAUACUGUUGCUGCCUUUCCAUGUUGUAUCUAAUUUUUUUAAAGUAUACUUACUGCUGUAGCAAGACCUGUAUUAUGUGAGAUUGAACAAAACAGGUUAAAGAUCUGAAACACCUUCCCAAGAAGAGAGUGAGUGUGAAUUCUAUGUAUUUGUUUUACUGGUCAACCAACCUGUUCCCUAUCAUGUAAGAUCUUCUAGGGAUGUAGAGAUGUUUCCUGCAGUCACACGUAACAACUGCUCUUCAGUUCACCCUUACUUGUCUCUCUAGAAAUGAAGCAAGAUCUCCUAGUUUCAGAAGGGGUAUGUGCUAUGUGCUCAUAAGAGUUUGGGACCUUUUCAGUGUGUAUCUAAUUGUUUAUUCCCUUGAAUUGCUGAAAUUCAAAAGCAGGAGAGAUGCUCAUGACGGGGUAAGAAAUAAAUAAAAAAAAGGAAUACACCUAAUUUACAGAAAUGUGGCAUCAGUACCGUGAGGUGUGGGAUGACACCUCUUCUGUGUCUAGUCUGUAUUGCAUGAGCGUAAUAUCCUUGUUGAGGGAAGACCUAGAGACAGGGGCUGAUGUUUCUCAAAAGUGGUAUGUAAAUGCUAAGUCUUUAUUCUGGUAAAAUGCUAGAAGGAAUGGGAGGCUUGCUUGGCUUAAUGACUGCAGCAGGCAGCCCCUAGGUCUGCAAAAUCCUAUAUGGAAAAGUCCUGUGCAAUACAGUAAACACUUAUCACUUCUCUUGUACAGUGCCCUAGAAUUCACCUGACAAAAAAGGUCUCCAAUAAAAGCUCCUAGGAUAGGUUUACUAUGAAAAACAAAACAAAACAACAGAAUAAAUACUUACUAGUUUUAAAGGAAAUUCUGUUAAACUCAGUCAUUUGCUUUAAACCCUGUUAAAUUCUGCAGGACUUUCUCCUAUCAGAAGAUCAAACUUGUUGUGUAAAAGCAUAAUGGUUUGUUUGAGCAGCUUUCAGAAUUGCAGUAGUAAAGCUCAGCUUUUGUCACCUCUGUUUCAAAAGGUAAAUUUUCAGCAUUUGUUUGUUCUUCUGAAUGUAAACCUGCUUUAUGUUCUUGACAUUGCUCCAUUUCCUUCCCUUUAUCUCUGAAUGUUUGCUUCCAAGUCGCUGGAGUUCUGAGGAUGUUUUCCAAACCAGUAUUAUUUAAAGUUGUAUCAUAUUUUCAGCCUCCACUAAUUAUACAGUACUGUAGUAGCAAAAUAUAAUUUUUAAGGAUUGGAUUAUUUUUAUACCUGCAUCCAAUAUUAUUAAAUCUGGCGUUCUAGUCAGUAAUAUAAAAGGAUACAAUAAAACAAUGAAUAUUA